AUGCACAAUAAUGUUUCGUUGCAAUCAGUUACAAUAAUGUCAGAUGUUAGUCGACUUAUCAAUCCGUCUGUAAAUAAUUCAGAUGUUGAUGCAUACCCAAGGUUUGCAGGUCGUACACUAAGGAGUGAUUUGUCGGAUAAACUAUUUAGUCCAUCUAAGCAGGUUAGGUUCCGCCCAAAUGUCAUUACAAAUUCCUCUGAUCAUCUAGCUAACAAAGUGUCUUGGGAUUUUACUGAAUCUGGUCUCGAUGAAUUGACCAAUAUUACAUCAUCUUUUGGUAAUUCGGACUCCAUUUCCAUAUUGCAAAAUCGUUACCCACCAGAUAAUGCGCCUACACAAAGCCGCUUUGAUUCUAAACAAACAUUUUAUGAUGUAUCUGAGGCGAUGGAAAAUAAUGUAAAUAAAAUGUGUGAUCUUUCUGUGAAUACUGAAUGUCACCCUAAAGGCAGCUGUCAAAGUGUUUCAUUCCUCAAAACUACUGAUCACCUCCCUCAACAGCCAUUAUCAUCCUGUGGUCCUGUAUAUAGUUCCAAAAACUGUCCUUCAGAUGCGAAAAGUUCAAGUGACCAAGAUCCAAGAGAACUACCCAGCUAUUCUUUUACACAUUCCGAAAGUCUUUCUUUGUCAAGUUUGACAGAUUUAAGUUGUCUGGAUCCAGAUACAACUUCUUUUUGCAAUCCAGGCGAUGCGACUCUAAAUUUUUCACAACCAGUCUUCAAUACAACGAAAGCCUUAGAACGCGAGAUUAAAUCCCUGUCUAAGAAAGUCAACAGUUCUUCCAAAGAGCAUCCCACUGACGAAAUACGCUCAGAAGCGGAACGUAUUGUAAAUGAAGCUUGCAAUACUCUUCCCGCUGGAGAUAACUCCAUCAAUCCUUUAAUUCUCAAUCCAAGAAUCACUGUUAAUAUACCUGAAAAUGUAUCUACGUAUGAAAAUCUUAUAGAUUUGACAGUGGAUGAAUCGGAAAUAGUACGUUUGGAGCGUCAAAGAAUUGCAGCCCAGCGUAAACGAUUGAUUGAAGCGAAUAGGAAACAAAAUAUCAAAGUUGAUGAACCUGAACCAGAUUUGUUGGAAUUUUUUGAUCCAAACCGUCAUGUCUAUCAGUCAGUCAAUUUACAAUCGAAAGGUAUACGAAGUUUACUGCCUACCUUACGUUGUGCUUCUGAUGACUUGGUCAAUGUGUUCCAACAUAAAAUUGCAUAUGAUUACUCUUUUUGGCUAUGCGAUACUUGA